ACGUCGUACAUCAAUGGUGCAUACAAGGCGUAUAAAGGGUGGCGUGUGGGAUUGGAAGCUCCAGUCAGCCGUCGAACGCGACGCGGUCGUUGAGCGCAGUAUAUAUUUUCUGCACGCAGAGCAGCCCGUGACAACGACACGCGACGAGCGAAGCACGCUAUGUGCGAAUAAUUAUAUUUUCUCAAGUGACAAAAAACAAGCAAAAAAUAUAACGCGUUCGUCGCCUAGACUCUAAAUCAUAACAAGUUUUUGGCCGAGUGCCUUGAUACGACAAGUUGAUAGAUUUGUAAAUAAUACCCAAAAAUAUUAUUAAAGACAUUUCAAUUUGCACAAAAUCGCUUGAAUAUGGCUUGUCCGCUUGGGAAUGGAACAGAUAACAGCGGCGGUCAAACGUCGAGCGGCGAGGCCGGCACGUGUUUGGUGGAGGGUCCCGGCUUGCUGUACAGCGAGUACCUUCUGCUCGACAAAAUCCUGUCGGCUCAGAGGCUGCUCAGCAGCGAGUACAACAAAAAAGUCCACGAUGAGCAUCUCUUCAUCGUGACGCAUCAAGCUUACGAGCUCUGGUUCAAGCAGAUAAUUUACGAGCUCGACUCGGUGAGGUCUCUGUUCAGCAACGAGGAGCAGUGCCACGAAGGAGAGCAUCAGCAUCGCUACGCUUACGAGCGCGAGCCCAAUGGAAAGCACCCCCACGACUCCGAGGCCAUCGACGAGUCGAGGAGCUUGGAAAUCCUCAAGAGGCUCAAUCGCAUCGUAUUGAUAUUGAAAUUGCUGGUCGAUCAAGUCUCGAUCCUCGAGACGAUGACUCCACUGGAUUUCAUGGCCUUCAGGGACUACCUGUGCCCGGCCUCGGGCUUCCAAUCGCUGCAGUUCCGGCUGCUGGAGAACAAGCUCGGCGUCCAGCAGGAGCACCGCGUCAAGUACAAUCAGAGCUACCAGCGGGUCUUCGGCCGGGACGAGCAGGCCGUCGAGGCGAUAAGGCGCAGCGAGGAGGAGCCCAGCCUCUCGAUCCUCGUGCAGAAGUGGCUGGCCCGGACGCCGGGCCUGGCCGCCGACGACUUCGACUUCUGGGGCAAGUACCGGCGAGCCGUCGAGUCGAUGCUCGACGAGCAGCGCAAGCACGCCAAGCAGCAGCCGAGCGAGGAGUCGCGCAAGCACCUGCUGAGCAACGUCGCCGGCCGCCAGGCCGUCUUCGACUCCAUCUUCAACGAAUCGCUGCACUCGGCACUGGUGUCGCGAGGCGAGCGUCGCUUCAGCCACGCGGCCCUUCAGGGGGCCGUCAUGAUCACGCUCUACAGGGACGAGCCGCGCUUCAGCCAGCCCCAUCAGAUUCUCACGGCUCUUAUGGAUAUCGACUCGCUCAUCACCAAAUGGAGAUACAAUCAUGUUCUCAUGGUUCAGAGAAUGAUAGGCUCUCAGCAACUUGGCACUGGUGGUUCCUCCGGAUAUCAAUAUUUAAAAACAACUCUUAGCGAUCGGUACAAAGUAUUUGUGGACCUCUUCAAUCUCUCGACUUUUUUAAUACCUCGACAUUUAAUUCCGCCACUUACCAAAAGUAUGAAAACAAAAUUGUCUGUAGCUUGGGGCUGUUGGGGUUUUGAUGAGAUGACUUCGGCUUUUGAGGAUUCCAUUAUCAACGGCAAAGACAAAAAAUGCACUUGCCAACAAAAUAAAGAUAAUGGAAUUAAAAACGACGAUUCCUCUUAAUUUAAAUUAUUUUGAGGUCCCUACAUAAUUGUUAAAGGAAAGAACUAAUUUAAGUAGUUUAAUCUCAAAUUUUUUAUUAUUAUUUAGAACAUUUUUGGUUACAUUUGUAAACGAAUAUAAAUAUCAUUGUAAUACAAUUGCAUAACAAUACUUUUAUAAAUAUACAAAUAAAAAUGUUAUUAUUGUAAAUAAAUUUGUUGGCACUUGGGUACAAUUUUUAAAAAACACAUUAUUUGAUACAUGAUAUCAAAACUUAUUCUAGCUAUAUUUCAAAUUGUCCGUAAUGGCUUUCAUGGUUACCCAAAACAAAAAUGGUACUUGAACCAUUUAUUUAUACAAAACUAUAACACUUAUAUAUUAAUACAUAAUUGGUAUAAAAAUCA